AUGUGGAUGAAAAGGAAAUUUCAAAAUGGAAGAUUAAUUUUAUUGUUAUUAUUAUUAACUUUUGGAUCUUUAAUUUCUUUAAUUUCAAAUACGAGUAAAAUAUACAGUAUAAUAAUAGAAGAUCUCAAGAAGAAUGUUUUUAAGGAAGAAACAAUAUUAUCAUAUAUAUAUAGUAUAAGUAUCAUCGGAUUCUGUAUUAUACCAUCUGGAAUAAUAUUUUCAAGACCAAACGCUUCAAGAAAUGUAUUACUUUAUGGAAUAUUAGUCACAUUAUUUGGAUAUAUUUCAUUAUAUAUAACACAAAAAAUAUGUAUUUAUUAUAUGACGGUAAAUUCUUUAAGUGACUUGUCAAAUUCAAUAUUAUUUGUUUUUUUAUAUGGUAUUAGUUUUGCAUUAAUUUUACAAGGUGGAGUCACUUUAAAUUUAGGUUCAUUAUGGAUAAAUUUAUUAUAUUGGCCAAUAAAAUAUAGUGGAUUAAUUACUUCAAUUCAAUUUACAAUUUAUAGUAUUGGUGGGUUAUCAUUAUCAGAAAUCUAUCGUUUGUGUUUUUUGGAAUCGGGUUCAAUACGUCAUUUCUUUUUAACAUGUUUUUUUAUAUCGCUAUUAAUUGGUUUUUUUUCAAUUUAUAUGAUAAUUAACAUAGAAAAAAGAAUCAAAUUAAAUAGAGAAGUUAUUGAACAUGAAAAAAGUGAAGAAGAAAAUAAUAACACUAAUAUAAUUGAUGAUAAUGAUGUAGACAAAAAAUUUAAUAAUGAAGAUUGUGAUUCACUAUUAACAAGAGAAGAAACAAAAGUAGAAAAAAAUAUAGAAUUUGAAGAAAAUAAUAAUAUAAAUGAAAUAUUUAUGAGUAAUAAUAAUUAUUUUGAUGAAUAUAAUAAAGAUGAGAACAUUAAUAAUCAAUCAGUAUUAAACAAAAUGAUAAAUUAUAAUAGUAAUGGCUCAAUAAAAAAUUUAAUUAUUAAAAAUGAUAAUAAUAUUAAUGAUGAUAUUGCUCUAUCUCCAACAAUACAUAUAGAAAAAACAGAUAUGUUGUUAGAAAACCAAAAAAAAAAUGGAAAAUAUAAACAAAUAAAAACAUCCAUAAUACAUUUUCUUAAAUUAAUAUCAAAUUUGGAAACUAUAUCAUUAAUAUUUGUAUAUUUGUUUACAAUAAGUACUGGCCAAUUUUUUGGUACUUUUAUUCAAAGAUUUUCAAUAUAUUAUAUACCAGAUAUUACAAAAGAAAAAUCAAUCAGAAUGAUUCAAAUAUUAACAGUAAUUGAAUUAUUUGUAAGAGUUAUUUCUGGUUAUUUGAGUGAUUUAUUGGCAAAUAAUAGAAUGAUGUAUAAAAGUACACAAACAAUAACACUAACUUUAAUAAUGUCACUAUCAUUAUUAUUAAUCAAUUAUUUAAAAUCUUAUUGGUUGGUCGUAAUUUUUGGAGUAGGAUUUUCAUAUGCAGGUAUGUAUUCUAUUGCUCCAUCAUAUAUAAGAUCAUUAUUUAGUCCAACAGAAUUUGCCUUGGUGAAUUCAUUUUGUUAUUCAAUGGUAAUACCAGGUAAUUUGAUUUUAUCAUUAGUAUUAGCAAAUACCCCACAAAAAUAUACAACAUCAUUACAAAUUAUUGGAUAUUUAUCAUUAAUACCAUUAUCAAUUAUGAUAGCAUAUAAAAUUCAAUGUUUAUAUAAAAAAUGCAUUAUUAGAAAUAAUGAGGAAAAUGAUUUGGAAAUAAUUCAAGAUGAAAAAAUUGAUAAUGAAUAUAAUAAUAAAAAUAUAUUUGAAAAUAUUGAAUAUGGUAAUGAUAAAAUAGCUCAAGGUAUUACAAUUUUACAAAAAGAUAUUAAUCAUUUUCAAAAAGUUAUGAGAGAGAUAAAUAUAAUUGAUAAAAUUAAGAAAAAAGAUAAAUCUGAUAAAAAUAAUAUUAGUUUUACUAUUUCAACAUAUUCAAGUUCAUCUUCAAUGUUACCUUCUGGUGAUAUAAGUAAAAAUACUUCAAUGAAUAAUAUAAAGAAUUUAGAAAAAUAA